CCGGCUGUAGCUUCUCAACAUAAACAGCAAUGGCGGAGGCAGCAGCAGCGUCUACGGCGGCUUUACCAGUAACAGGAGCUUGGACCAAACACGUAACCUGCAGAUAUUUCCUGCAUGGUCUUUGCAAAGAAGGAGAGAACUGUCGAUACUCCCAUGAUCUAACCAACAGCAAACCUGCAGCCAUGAUUUGCAAGUUCUUUCAGAAGGGAAACUGUGUGUUUGGGGAUCGUUGCAGGUUUGAACACUGUAAACCAGCAAAGAACGAGGAGUUGCCAGCCCCCCAGACGCUGCCGCUGCCCUCUGUCUCGCUGGCCGGCUCGUCAGACCCAGAACCCAGUGGGCCGACACCUGGUUCAGGAGCGCAGGACUGGGUCAACGCUGCUGAGUUCGUUCCAGGACAGCCGUACUGUGGACGGGGUGAGGGACCAGCAGAGAUUAGGACAAAUUUGAUGAAUGCCGAGCCAGUGAAGGUGGAGAGCUCGGUCCCUCUCAUCGAGGAGUUCGACAGCGAGGCGUCACAGGACAACAAAGAGUUGAGGAAGCAGCUCUGUCCGUACGCAGCUGUCGGAGAGUGUCGCUACGGAAUCAACUGUGCCUAUCUCCACGGCGAUGUGUGUGACAUGUGCGGCCUCCAGGUGCUCCACCCCACCGACAACACCCAGCGCUCCGAGCACACAAAGGCGUGCAUCGAGGCCCACGAGAAAGACAUGGAGAUUUCAUUUGCCAUCCAACGCAGCAAGGACAUGAUGUGCGGCGUGUGUAUGGAGGUGGUGUUCGAGAAGGCCAACCCAAGCGAGCGCCGCUUCGGCAUCCUCUCCAACUGCAGCCACUGCUACUGUCUAAAGUGCAUCCGCAAGUGGAGGAGUGCCAAGCAGUUUGAGAGCAAAAUCAUCAAGUCGUGCCCAGAGUGUCGAAUCACAUCCAACUUUGUCAUCCCAAGCGAGUACUGGGUGGAGGACAAGGAGGACAAGCAGAAACUCAUCCAGAAAUACAAGGACGGCAUGGGGAGUAAACCGUGUCGAUACUUUGACGAGGGCCGCGGGACGUGUCCUUUCGGCUCAAAUUGCUUCUACAAGCACGCCUUUCCCGAUGGACGGCUGGAGGAAGCUCAACCACAGCGAAGACAGACAGGCUCCAACAGCAGGAAUCGGAACUCGAGGCGAACACCGCUGUGGGACAUCUUUGACGAGCGGGAAAGCACCGACUCCUUCGACAACGAGGAUGAGGAGAUGGUGACGUUUGAGCUGAGCGAGAUGCUCCUCAUGCUGCUCGCAGCAGGAACCGACGACGAGGUGACAGAUUCAGAGGAUGAAUGGGACUUGUUUCACGAGGAGCUGGACGAUUUCUAUGAGAUUUACCUAUAGCAUCCCCACCCACAACCCCCCCACCCUGUCCCCCAUGUAUACUAGACACUAGAAUGGACUGUCUUGUGCGAGUGAUGGACAGUAGCUUUUCCCCUCCCCCCCGUAUUGUGGCAGUGCCUUUAAGCAGGCCAUUAAUAAAUGAACUUAUAAAAGGUUAAAAAAAAAAUAAAAAAUUCCAGCAAGUCAGUGCGCUCGUGCUAAACAUUUUUCUAGACAUCUAUCCUCGUGGGUCUAUCUUGUGCGGUUCAUGUGAAAAAGGAAAAAUAAUAAAACGAUAAAAAGAGCUCAAUAUAAGAUUUAACAGAAAUUAUAACUUUCUUCAAAUAUUGCUAAUAAACAUUGUCAAGUUUCUUUGUGGGUGUGGGUUUGACUUGUUUAUCAUCUACCCAGGUGUUAAUACGUACUUCUGAGACUCUGAGGAUGCACUCGAACUUACUCCGCACCAUUUACUGUAAUCGUGAUGGGCAUGUUGUAAGAUUUUACAUAACUUUUUUUUUUUUCUUUAUUAAAGCUGCUGAUAGCCAAUA